UUUAGAAGUCAGGUGCAGGUUUGUUCUUCUGUUUUAGAAGCCAUUUCAUACCCUGUGGAGAGAUGUACAGAAGGAGUUGUGCCAUGGGACAGGGGGCCUUCUUGCCUAUGUAGUGUCCAGUAUGAUAUUUUUGGUUUCCUGGUGACAUUUUACUUUGUCACUACAUGCCAGUAAAAAGGCCAGUCCUGUGCUGGAGUACACAGAUGCAAAGAUACACAAAGAUAAACAAAGAUAGACUGGUAAUCAGAGGAGUUUUGCAAAUGAGGGUUUUUUUUCCCACUGUGUUAGAAGAACUGCCAUGAAACGGGCAAAGGAAACUUUAGGAAUUAGAGUGGGUCGUUAUGCCCUGCUGCUGGAUCACUAACCAACUAUUCCAGGUGAACUCGUGAGGAAUUGCUGUCAGGAAGGCCCAUGUGUUGGUCAGUUUAUGAGCUGUCACAGCAAAACAAAUCUACCAAACAAGUCCAGUGCUCCUCUCCAUCCAGAAUCCCUGACAUCCACAGGACAAACGGGGUGAUGAAAUGAUUGCUGACAAUCCUAAUCUACCACCUCAGUGUUGUUGUAAUAAUAAUAAUAAUCAUCAUCAUCAGGAUCUUUUUUAGCAAGCUGUGUUCUUGAAAAGGGUGGGAUUCUCCUUACUGGUUUUAACUGGCUUUCUCUAAAGUGGGUCGGGUUGGCUCUCUGUUGGCGUUCAAGCUGAUCUCUUCCUUAUAGGCUGUUUGGGUUUCUCUCUCUGGUGUUUGUCCUAAAACUCCCUUUUCACGUCAGUUCUGCAUCUUGCAGUCAUUCCUACCCAUCUUUGCAUGUACAGGAGCGAUCCAGGGAGACCUCAGCCUCACAAAACCAGGGCACAACGUCUCCAGAGCUCUGGGAAUGCUGCUCUACUAUUUUUGGAACCAGCUCCCAUUGCUUCUAUAAUAGGAAGGCUUCUGGAAGCUUUCUCCUUACUCUCGUCCCGAGGAAGUGGCCCUUCAGCUGAGCUUUCAUUAAUUCAGGAUCUGCACGGCAAAAAGCAAAUCUAGUUUUAUACCCUAAAUAAUUCAGGCGUGGCUGGGGGGGGUCACAUGGCCCUGAGUGUGGUGUGUUCAGUGGGUGGUUUUGCCCACACCCCGUAUCCCGAGGCCGCAGCAGCCGCGGCUGGUUUGGGGUGCUCGGCCACCCCCCGUUUGUCAUUCGGGGCACGCGGCAGCGGCGGGCAGUGCCAAGGCAGCUUUCUAGAAAGCAGAGGGACGUGUGAUCUGGGGGUGGUGGUGGUGGUGGGGGGUGUUUGUCACCAGCGCUGCCCAGUGAGGGAUUUACUGGUUUUGUUUUCCUCUUGGAUCAAGCAGGACAAAUCUAAUGAGCCAGUUCUUAACUUCUUCCCCGUUGAGCAGCGGGCGAUGUCCUUGCCCAAAUCGUGCGAGACAGCUGAAACCUUUCAGGAAUAGUUGAACAAGGGAAACACUUGUAAUAUUAUUUUUUUUUUCCAGUACUCAAAAUACAGAGUUAAGAGGGUGCAGCAGAGCUUGUCUUUCCUUUAUUUUCUCUUUCCCUUCUGAGAUUUUCCUUUUGAGGGGGCGACUUAGUCCUUCCAACGCUUACCCCACCUAGAGAGAAGGCAGGAUUGCUGCGAAUGCGAAGCCUUUCAUUCUUCAUUGACAUGAUCUUGGAAGGAAGACAGGUUCUCCCUGUAGUGCUUCAUUAGAAUAAGCAUUUCAUAUGCUUAUCAGUACAGCAAGUAGCGCUGCUUGACAGCAGUGGAGAGUCAAAUGUUGCCUUGGAGCCCUACACGCUCAUUUCCCCGCUUCCGAAACACUCUGCAUUCUGCCCACUGUGCAUUCAGAAGUGUUUCUUUCCACUGGCUUGAAAGAAGCUAAAAACCACUUUGUAGCAGGCACCUUUUCCAGCACGAUUCCAGGUGUGGAUUGGAGUUGGCUGAGUCCAGGCUGAGUUGCUGAGAACUUCAUCCUGCCGGGCUUUGUGAGUUCCUGCCAGGUCUUGGGGGUAAGUGGGUCAGGGAGCUGACCACUUCUGGGUUAAUUCUCUCCUACUUUCAGCUCCCUGAGCUGCUUCAGGUGAGAAAUCAAGUGGGAAACCAGUGCUGAUAAAGGGAAAGGUGUGAAUGAGCUGGGAGGAAAAGAGGGAUGAGACCUCAGCAUGGCAGGAAUUACAGUGACUGGAACAACCAUGGGGCUGCACAGUGUUUUGGAGCAUCCAUGUGUUCCCUGCUGACAUGGAUGUCCAAGCUCAAAUUUAGAAGAGAAUCACAGAAUUAUUAGGGUUGGAAGGGACCUCUGGUUACACAGAAAUGUGUCCAGAGAGGAAUGUCUCCAGAGAGGGAAAAUUCACGACCUCCCUGGGCAGCCUGUUCCAGUGCUCUGCCACCCUAAAUGUAAAGAAGUUCUCCCUAAUGUUGAGGUGGAACUUUUUGUGUUUUAAUUUAUGGUCAUUGCUCCUCAUCCUGUUGCUGGGAACCAAUGAAAAGAGUCUGGCACCAUCAUCUUGACACCCACCUUUGAGAUAUUUAUGUGCAUUGAUGAGAUCCCUUCUCAGUCUUCUCCAGACUAAACGGGACCAGCUCUUGCAGUCUGUCCUCAUAAGAGAGAUGCUCCAGACCCCAGAUCAUCUUUGUGACCUCCACUGAUUCCCCUUAUGUGGGAAUCUUCAGAUUUCAGUUCAGUAGCUGCUCUGUCUGGUGUGAUCCAGGGUACAGAGUAUGGAUGGGAGAGAGGGAAGGGCUGGAGUAAAUUUGGUGGCUAAAUGAGCCAAGGCAAUGGUAACAGGGUCUUGCUUUACCAGCUCUGGUUCCUGGUGCCUAGAAGAAGUGGCAUCAGUUGGUUUUGGUGUGUGAGUGGACACAGGAAGCUCCCCCACAUUUAUUCCAGCUGGAGCCCCUAUGGCAGCUUUAUUGUUUUUAGAUUAGAUAACAUCAGAUCUAUGCAAAUUUAUCCUUUUUGACCAUCAAACAGUGGGGAAGCUGAGCACACAAGCCAGAUUAUGUCUGUGUUGGCUCCUUUAGUGUCAAAAGGCAGUUCUUUAAGGUGUUUUAAAUAGGAAGAUAUUACAUGAAGGAUGGUUAAAAGGGAAGGGUUGUGUUCCUAUAGGUGUCUGAGAGGCUGAGUAUGAGGAUUUGGUGUAUCAUCUUGCUGUGCAGCCUAGUCUGGGAGCUGCUGUGGAUUGUUCCCAGUGGGAGUAUGGGAUGAGGAAAAGCUUUCUGCCAAAGCUUCUUGCUUAGGAGAUUCUGGUGCUGUUAUAGGUGUCCUGACGGGUGUUUGAGAGGGAGGGAGGGAUGACUAGGCUGGGAAAAGGCAGAAUUGCCUGUCUGGUGAAAUAUAGUUUUAGAGGCAAGUAUCAUGUAACAACCUAAACUUGAGCUCAGUGGUGGGGGAAUGGACUUGGAACUCGGUUCUUGCAAGAAAACAAAACUCUAUAUCUUUAUAAUAAGGCCUCAGCACUGUGUUGUUUUUUUUCCCCACCAUCAUAAUGACUGUUUCUUGGUAUUAACUCCUCUGAGUUCCCCUCUGAAACACUUGCUGCUGCUUUCUCCUGCAUCCUGGCUGUGCUGCUGCUCUUUGCCCAGCUCGUCCGGUGCCAUGUCCCUGUGGAGCAUCCUUGUGUGGAGGUGGGGUGGUCAAAUGUGUUUUCACACAUGUUUUUACCAGCAGGGUGGUUGCUGCUCAGAUCCAGUCCCGAGGCCACGGCCUCCUUUCUAGAAAGUAAAUUUUCUGAGAGGAUGUGCCCACCCUUUGAACUCCUUUGUUGAUGGGUUACUGUUGCUACAGCUAAAACACACUUGUUCUUGCGGUGGAGCUUUAGUUCAAAAUAUCAAAAGCUUUAGUGCUUUUUAGUGCUGCACAGAUGAGGAGACCUUGACCCCCCCCUUCAUCCACUCUGGCUGAGUUAAUACAUUUGUUUUCCCGAGCUGCAGCAGCAUUCAAACCUGACGAUAAGACGGGGAAUUCUGUGGGACAGAACUGCCGUCCGUGGCUGGGAGGAUGUGAUGCUUUACUGCUGCCAAAACCCGAGUCCUUCCCACAUCUUGUGUAUGAAGGCAUAUGUUUGGGGGUGGCUUCAGAAAGGGAGAACAACACCAUUAUGUUUUUAACUUCCUCUCCUGUUUUGUUUCUCUGUGCAUCUGUAUUGCAGUUUUUCUCUGUGCAAAACUAGCAAAUCGGCUGAAGCACCUACUGCUAAAGAUCAGCCUUGGUACAGAAACAGUGGUAAUUAAAAGGCAUUUUUAGGUGGCAGAGACACGGUGAAGCUCUGUGUGGGGCAAGGAGAGCUGAUGGGGGAGCCUGGGGUGUGACCCAGGAUGGAUUGGCUGUGACGGCGUGCCUUAGCUGGAGAGGUAGUUACCAUGAAGAGUUCCUGCAGAGCUGGCCUCCACAGGGAACCGCUGAAUUCCACAUCCUCCACCUUCCACCAGGUCAAACGGGUCUCUGGUAUGCACUUAAAGCCAUAUCUCAAGUUACAGAAGAAAGAGCGAUCCCCAGAAAUAAGCCAGGAUUCCCUGCGAGGCCACCAGGGAUCAGCACAAGGAGAAAAAUACACCACCUGCACCAAACUGAGCGUUUUCCCAAAACCCUCCCUCGUGACUCCAUCUCAAAAGCUUCUGGGGAUUAUUUAUCCAAAUACUAUGUGCAAUAUGAACGGGAAAGGUCCAGCGGAUGGUCCAAGUGCAAGGGAAAAGAAGAACGCCCUGUCGGCAACGAUCCACCAGGGAGAGGAAGGGGAAGGGCCUCUGGAUGUCUGGGCCGUGGUGAAACCUGGCAACACGAAGGAGAAAAUCGCCUUCUUCGCGGCCCAGCAGUGCAGCAGCACCAGCAGGGUGGGCUCCAUGAAAAUCAAGAGCACGUGGGACAUCGACGGGAGGACGGCCAAGCGCAGGAAAAAAUCGGUGGACCUCAAAAAAGCCAGAAUCCAACUGGAAAGGAUGAGGGAGGCCAAUGCCAGGUGCUCCCAGCCGGAGCCUUUUGCCUGUGGCAUCGAGCACUGCUCGGUGCACUACGGGAAUGACAGCGGAGAGGGGGCGUUCCCGGGCCGGUCCCUCUCGGUGAUAGAGAUGGUGGCUUUCCUGGAGCAGCGAGCGAGUGCUUUGCUGGUGGAUUGUGCUAAAACCUGCACGGCUGCCCCUGCCACGAGGCCGAGCGCUCAGCCCAAGGGGGCCCUUCCCAGCUCCGACCCUUUUUCCUCGGCCGGGGCGUGCGAGGUGCACGCGGAGCAGCAGGGCGAGCCCGUGCGCGUGCUGGACAUGGUGGCCAAGCUGGAGUCGGAGUGCCUGAGGCGCCAGAGCGAGCGGGAGGCCGGGAGCCUCUCCCGGAACAACAGCUUCCGCAGAAACGUCGGGAGGGUGCUCCUGGCCAAUGGCACCCAGCCCGAGGGAGAGGCGGGGAAGGGGGUGCCGGGGGUUCUGGCUCAGGGGGAUGGCUUGGGGGAGGCGGGGGUGGCAGAGGCUGGAUACGGAGGUCGUUGUGGUGCUCUGGGUGACGCCGAGCUGUGGGAUGGCGGCGCCUCUGCUCGGCGGCCUUUUCCUUCGGGGCUGGAUACCCGGAUGGGGAAUGUGAAUUCGGGACUUGCUCACGCGGUGCUGGCGAUGGCAGCCGGCAGGAGCGACACUGAGACACGGAUUGAGCCUCCCAGAGCUCUGCUGUCCUCGUGUCCAGCUCCUGCUGCCAGGCUGCCACCGGAUCCCUUGCAGAGCAAAAACGCGACUGUUGAUUGUACGUCGAAGGAGCCUGUGAUUUUCCCAAAGCAGAGCCUGCAUCCUGCGAGGAAGGAGCCCUUGUGCAUCAGUAUAUCCGUCACCAAGACCGAGAAAGGGUGCAGGAAAGAGAAGCUCUCCAACUCCAGUUCUAGUGAGGAUUCGCUCCCGGGGAGGCUGUUUUUCCUCCAGGACGAGCAGCCUGCUGCUCACGAGCAACAGCCACCGCAGGAAAGUACCCAAGAGAAGCCAGGAGAAGUAGCCCAGAAUGAGGAUGAGGAUGCUUUGGCAUCUGGCAGGUUGUGUGUCAGGAGCAGUGUCCCUACAGAGCCAUUGGCCCCCUCUGUCCCUCCCACAGAAGGGGCCUUGCAAGUACUUGACGCUUCCUGCCUGAAAAGGCAGGUCUCGCAUGACUUUCUGGAGACCAGGUUUAAAAUCCAGCAGCUUCUGGAGCCUCAGCAGUAUAUGGCCUUCCUGCCUCACCACAUCAUAGUGAAGAUCUUUGGGUUGCUCCCUACCAGGAGCCUGGUGGCCCUGAAAUGCACUUGCUACUACUUCAAGUUCAUCAUCGAGUACUACAACAUCCGGCCGGCGGACUCGCGCUGGGUCCGGGACCCCCGGUACCGGGAGGACCCCUGCAAGCAGUGCAAGAAGAAGUACGUGAAGGGGGACGUGUCGCUGUGCCGGUGGCACCCCAAGCCCUACUGCCAGGCCCUGCCCUACGGGCCUGGCUACUGGAUGUGCUGCCACCGGUCCCAGAAGGGCAUCCCGGGCUGUAAGUUGGGUCUCCACGACAAUCACUGGGUCCCCGCCUGCCACAGCUUUAACCGCGCCAUCCACAAGAAGACCAGAGGAGCGGGAGCCGAAGUGGAAGAGGAAUAUUAGUGCACAUACACUUUUCCUGCGAGAUUGUUUGGGGUAGGAGGAGAUUCUCAUGCCUUGUGCUGUUUACAGUGUAUAUAAUUGUCGUGGUUAUUUUUUUUUUUUUUGUUUUGUUUUGUUUUCCACAGGGCUAUGAAACUGCACAUACUCAAACACAAGAGCCUUUACCUUUUAGAUUAAAGAGAGCUUUUAGUCCAUCUCUGUAAAUAACACUAUAAAAAAACCCUAAUUGUACAUACAGAGUCUACAGCUGGCUGAACAAGGUAACCCCCUACAAUGCAGCUAUCCCAGUGUUGCGGCUAUAGGUGUGUGUGUUUUUAAGUGUCUUGUUUCAAAAUCUGUAUAUUCCGCAUAAUAUAUGAAUGUUUCUGAGAAGAAACUCUAAAUAGGUAAAGGUCAACUUGUUUAAAGAAGCUGCAGACAACUUAACUGGACAACCUGAAACUUAGACUAUAGAACAGACCCAUUAUAGUAGCGUGGCAGUGGAUUUAAAAAUAAAAAAAAAAAAAGAGAUGAAUAUUAUUGUAUAGUCAGAAUAUAAAAAGAAAAAAUUCUUGUCUACCUUACCCAUGUUGUCUGGUUUGGUUUCCUUUUUUUUUUUUUUUUUUUUUGUUUUGGUUUUGUUUUUUGUUUUUUUUUACAUGAAUAAAACGUGCAUUCUAGAUCUGCCUUACCAGACUUUCUCUUGUAAGACUUUUGCCCCGAAAUAAAAGUGCUGUAAAACACGUGGCAGAAACUUGGUGCUGUGCUGUAGUUCAGACGUGCAGUGAGCUUCCUCUGGCAAACCUGUCCUACUAACAACGGAACAAAAAACCCACCCCCCAAAUCUCUAUUCCUUGGAGAACUCCCUGCUGUAACAUUCACAGAUUCCAGCUUUUCCCUUCCUUCCUGUCAGCCCUGCGUGCAGCAGAGGCUCCUGUUGUCAGGAAUUCUGGUGCUAGGUGUGUAAAGCUUGCAAAAACAGGGACUUUCUGGUCAUCCUGCUUCUUGGCUCUUGUGUGGGCACCCGCCUUGUUCCCUGGAAGCUCCAGGACAAGACUGUGGGUCCAGUAGGAUGGAUGUGGAGUUGCCUUGGCUCUGUGAUGUGCUGGAAGCUUUGCCGUCUGCUCUAUGUGGAAUUUGUCCCUUUCAACAGAAAUGCUUGCAGUGCUUCGCCCUGCUCUGCUGCAGCCUCUGGCAUCUCAUUCCUUGGGUGUGAGUUGGUGCUUUCCAGGGGAAUGGUGACGGUUUGUGUUGGGUGAACAGUGAUUGCUCAAACUGGGAAUGGGAGCGGAGCAUGGCAUCUGUUGCAGUAUUUCCCUGAAUACAUUCCUCUCCUGCAAUGCUGUGAUCCAGACUCCAGUUACACCCCUCUGAGGGUGAGUGGUUUGGAAAUCUGGGAAUGGACCCUGGACAAUCCAGCAGCCACAUUCAGCUCCUGGGAGCUGAGUCAGUGGAGCAGCAGCCCUUUUUCCAGGGAGCCAAAUGGAGCGUGGCAGCUGUGCCUUUGCACUGUCCAAGUCCCUUCUCUCCCCACACUUGGUGCUGUUUCUCUGCCCCUUCUCAAGGCAUGGAUGGACUCCUGGACCAUUCCAGCUGGAGCAGCCAGAAUCUCUGACCUGGUGCAAGAAGAGCCGGUGCCACCUUCCUACCGGGCUCAUCCCAGGCCUUCCUCUGCCCUGCAAACCCCAGGGGGGCACCUGGAAAGGGCGGGAGUUCUGGAUGAGGUGGCCCUGCCCCUGGCUCAUCCUGUUGGCAAGGUGUGGAAAACUGCUGGCUGUGGGGGCCAGGCUGAGCUUCCCACCUCCCUCCACUUCAGCUGCACUGGGAUCACAUGGAGCGACUCACCUGGUUCCGGAGCGAGGACAGAGAGGGUUUGAAGGUGGAUGCUUUUAUUCUUUCCCUUAACUGUGAGAGAAGGAAAACCGAGCCCUUGCAGCCUGAUGAAGUGUGGGUUUGAUGAGCUCAGGGAGAUUUAAAGGAUGUGCUGGGUUUAUUUUUUGCCUUUACCUGCUUCUGCCACCCCGGGCAUCAGACACCCCUCCCUGGCUGCUCGGCCUCCCUGCGCUGCAGACAUGAUGACAACCACGAGGAAUGAGACCAGGAAUCUAAGAGGAGGGUGCGGCCCUCCUUGUAAUCGGCUGGGAAGAGGGAGAGGAAAAGCAGGAUCCCUGGUUAAUCCGUGACUUCAUCCCAUAACGGGGCGCAGGCUUCACCCAAACUUCCAUCUGCUCCCUCCGGAUGAGCAGCAAAGCAACUGCCAGGCUGUUGUUUGGCCAAAGCCAUCGGCAUCAAAGGCCUCCAGCUUGAUUUUGAUUAAGGGAAAGGGGAAAGAAGCUGCUUUCCUGCCCCCCACCCAAGACUCUGGAAAACUUGAGGCUGAGCAGCAGCGAGGAAAGUCCCUGCGAGGCUGGAACAGAGCGGCAGAGGAAAAUAUUUUGUAAUUAGAUAAGGGGCCAGUGAGGUCAUUUUUUUUGGAACAGAGUGUGAGAUCUUGGUCACCUUUGUUGAACAAGGGGAAAAACAAGGAUAAAAUAAUAUCAUUAGGCUAUUUUGUUCCUUGGAACAGGUAAAUCUGGAGGACAACUUGUUAUCUACCCUGCCCCAUCCCUGCCCUCCCCCUGAGGUGGCUGGGGAGCGUGGGCUGGUUCAUACAUCAUUUAUUACAUUGUUUGCUGGAACUGUCCCUGUUGCACAGCAUUGCUGUUAAAAACUGUUUUGCAGAACAAGCUUUUGCAUCCAGAUGUGGGUUGGUUCUGAGUGUUGCCAUGCUGAGCUGCCUGCAGGCUUUUUCUUUCCUAAAAAGUAGUAAAGUGCAGAUUUCUGUUUCCUUAAUGGAUGGUUCAGGGAGAACCCAAGGUCCAGUGAACUUUUUUGUUUCCUACGAGUCAAUUAAAACAACAAUCCAGUGUUGGAUUUACAAAAUUCAGUGUUUAGAACUGAGGAUGAAGGACUGCACCAUGUGCUUGGCUUCCCUGCCUGGGAGCAGUUGGAGUGUCUGGACUGAAUUUCCAGAUAUGCCAGUGAAGAAGUUGUAAUAACAUUUCCAUUGUCUGUGAGCUUCCAGUUUUCAUCAAGCUCUGGGACUCUCCUGGCAUGGACACCACAGAAAAAGCUGCCCAUGGCUGAGGCUUGUGUUUGGGCUCUUGCUCCAUCCUGGCUGUUCCUGCAGCAGCUUUUCCCUUUGCUGUGUCUCUGCUCCCUGGGAUGAGGUGCUGAGAUGCUGCAGUGGAGCUCAGGUCACUUCCUGCAGUUUCUGCCCCUAUGGCAGCCCCUGGAACUGUCAUUAGGGUCACGGAGAUGCUCUAAGGGCUGGAGCACCUCUAUUAUGGAGAGAGGGUGGGAGAGCUGGGGGUGUUCAGCCUGGAGAAGAGAAGGCUCCAGGGAGACCUUAGAGCCCCUUCCAGUGCAUAAAGGGGCUCCAGGAGAGCUGGAGAGGGACUUUGGAUGAGGGCCUGGAGUGACAGGACAAGGGGGAAUGGCUUCAAACUGACAGGACAGGAUUAGACGGGAUAUUAGGAAGAAAUUCUUGGCUGUGAGGGUGGGGAGGCCCUGGCACAGGUUGCCCAGAGAAGCUGUGGGUGCCCCAUCCCUGGAUGUGUCCAAGGCCAGGUUGGAUGGGGCUUGGAGCAACCUGGUCUAGUGGAAGGUGUCCCUGCCCAUGGCAGGGGGUUGGAAUGAGAUGGGCUUUAAGGUCUCUUCCAACCCAAACCAUUCUGGGAUUUCACACCUGCACAAAACUGCACUGAAACAUCCAACCUCUCUCUCGAGUCCCACUUCUCACAUGGUGGGAAUGGUGCUGCAGCCUCACCCUGGGCUGUUUCCCUUUCCAGCCUGCCUUUGGCUGGUCCAGGCAACCCUGGAGUAGGGACAGGACUCGGGGCAUUAUCAGGCUGCUCUCCUGCCACAAACCAGUGUGGGCAGAGGACAGAACCUCCUGCUGCUGGCCCUGCUUAAGCAGAGCUGACCUGAACAUCCCAUAGGCAUGAGCUGAGCUCAAAGCCAGGCUUGGCUUUGCCCAUGGCCAGGACUGACUGUGCUGUCACUGAGGCAACAACCUGCCCCCAGCUCUGCGUGCAGGAACCCCACGUGGCUGCUGCUCCCACUCCUGAGUGUGCAGCAGCCAGGAAUCACAGGGCAUCAGUCCUUCCCCUCAGAUACAUCACAAAAAAUCGAGUGGGAGGGGUUGGUUUUCCUCCAUCAUUCAGCAGCCUGUAACCCAUGGCCUGCCAGGCCACCACAUCCCCAGGGCAGAGCCUGCUCAGCCCUUUCCCAUCCCUGUUGCUCAGACACUCACUGCCUCACUUUAACAAUUACAUCCAUAAAAAGCCACAUCUUGCAUCCUGAAAUGACCUUGCAAGGAGGAGCAUCCCCCUUUGCACGCAGCAGGAAUUCAGCACCUGCAGAAACAAACGUCACCCAGCACACGAGCAGCCCCGAGCCAGGCUCACAUGAGAUUUACCCGUUUACAUGUACAUAGAGGGAUGUGUGUGUGUGUGUUGUGCAGGACCCCGCCUCCUGCUCCCCUGGAGAUGCAGUUAUUUUAUGUAAGAGUAUUUUUUUAGAAUGGGUAUUGCUUAUUCCACCGCUGUACGACUGAUUGCACUGUAACAGGUCUGGUCCCUGUGAUGCUUUGAAGGCUGGAAAGUCUUGUGUACUUUUGCCCAGCAUGGUGAAAAAACAGACCACACAGAGGUAACAGUUAUAAAUAUACAACUUUAAAAAAAAAAAAAAAUUACUGUUAAAGAUUUAUUGCAAUAAUACAAUAAAAUUUAGAAAAAAAAAACAAAAACAAACCAACAACCAAACCCUUUGUGUUCAGUUACAUCGGAAGUUGCGGAGAGAGGCCGUGAGUUUUCGCAGGUGAAAAGCCACCCCUGGGUGUCCCAUCUGAGACCCUUCAAAGGCACCUGAUUGGGGCUGGGCACCCAAAAUCAGGCCCUUCCUUGGCAGCUCAAACUGGCCACCCCAGGUCACUGGUCACGGCCAAAAGUCACGGCCUGAGCUGAAAUUCUCGUGUUCGUUCAUGCUACGCGAAGUGUUUUGUAAACUCUCAGCUGGCUGCCUUCAAAUAUCUAUAACUACAGAUAUUCCUGCCCUCCCUCCCUCCCCAGACAACCUGGAAAACGGUGAUUGCACUCAAGGUUUGGACACACACAGUUCUCCCUCAGCUACACAUGUGCAAAACACUUUUAAAAAAACCGCCACAACUUUUGUGUUCUGUUACAGAAAAGCCUUCCGUGGAAAGCCCCACCCCACCACGUUUGAACACCCUCACCGUGCCCUUGUGCACUCUCAGAACGUGACAUGGCUGUGAAUAAAUUAUUCUGGAAAACAUGGAUAGGAAGUAUAUGGCUUAGAAAAGUUAUUGUGUUGGAUUUUCUUUCCCUAAGUUCAUUCAGUGUACGAAGCUGAGUCAUGGCCUGACCUUUCAGGGCUCGAAGUAGCACAAAGGCAGCAAUGAAAGAGGGACUGAAAUGCCUAUGAAAAACAAAAAGAAACACAACCAAAAAGGUAUUUAGAUGGCAGGGUCCAGUGCAAAAUAAAUGAGCCAGAAGGGGCUGCACAGUAUGAGCCCAGUAUCCCAUACUGUUGUGUGCUGGUUGCUCAGAGCUGCAAAGGAUCCAAGUCAUAAAGUGCCAUGAGCCAACAGUGCCCAAACCCCCUGGGCCCUGAUCAGGCUCCAGUAGUCAAGGGAGCCUGGGCUGUUCUCUUCAAACAAACCCAGCUAUUAGACCAAAAGAGCGGCAGGAGCGAGGGUGUUGUCCUCUAACAACAUGUCUGUGUUGCUAGUGUGGAGUUAAGGGUCUUUGGUUCAAAAAAAAAAAAAAAAAAAAGGAAAAAAAAUUAACUACUGACAACAGAUGUCCAGCCCCAAGGCCAAAGAGAAAGAGCUGCCAUACAAGGGAUGGGGAGGGGGGGAGACUCAGCUGGAACCCCCCAUGUGGGGUACGGGGCAGAGUGGCAGAAACCCUCCCUCGAGCAGGGAGGGGAGGAUGCCCUUACCUUGGUUGACCCUGUGGAGAAAAUGUCCCAAUCCUAAAUGUAAACUGCACAUUGGCAGUCCUGUUGAGCAGCCCUAUCCAUGAGUGCUCCAUCCCACAAGGCAGAGGAAGGGGAGGAGCACUUGUCCACCAACUCACCUGUCGGCACAUCCCACCUCCCGUGGUUUCACCAGCCAGCUGCACCAGGGAAAUGAAAUCAAACUUCCUGGCAUUCAGUAAACAACCCCCCCCCCCCCCCCCC